AUGUACUCGGACUCAGCACCGGAGGCCGGAAGCCAGUUUGGACAGGUGGCAGGUGCCACGGCGCUGUGGCAGGCCAGCUUUUCAGGCAUUUCACCUAUCGUCUCGCUGCUGUUGGAGCACAAUGCGCUUUAUGACCUGGAAGCCACGGCUCCCUGGCAGGACAAGCCGGAGCACGGCUUGACCCCACUCCACGUCGCAGCGCGCAUGGGCCACGCCGCUGUGGUGGAGGUACUCAUCGAGGCCGGUGCGGAGUACGUGCCAUCCCCAGCAAGCGUGGAGUUCCAACCUCGUGAUUUUGGUCGUUUUUGGGCAGGGAUUCGUGAGUUGCGGGCAUCUUUGAGCGGUCUUGCGCUUGCUCUGGGCUUGGCACGUGUCGGCCUUGCUGCUCUUGGUCCUGGCAGCUGUGCUUUCCUUGCCAUCAACGGACAGGGCCUAGACAGCUUCAGGCUUGUGCUGUUGGAGCCGAUGAGUGCCGGUGAGAAUCAAUUUCGGAUGGUCGAUGGCUCCGGUACGUGGGUCGGAGCAAGUAGCAGUAUCGAUUUGACAUAUCCGGCUGGCUCGUGCCAGUGGCUGCCGGAGUACAGGGUCCGACCUCUGGCAAUGCUUUCGCAUGGCCCAGUGGAGGUGAACAACUCUCGAACGGGGGUGACACGUUGA